GUAAACUAUCACGCUCCACCUCGGGGCGGUGCAAGUUGUCCUAAUCUCAGAACUGCAGCCCUUGUCCCUCGUGUUUAAAUAACAGGACCAGAAUUCUUCACUAUCGGGUGGAUACGAUUUCGCCACGCUUGCUUCUCUAUCCAUACCCUUCCAGUGAGUCCGUCGACGAGGCCCCAUAUACAAGUUACCCAAACAACAUGAGCAUCCCGGGCGAGUUUGGUGUUAUGCUCGUCGGGGGUUUGGUUUCCGCCAUGUUAUAUGGUAUAACGAUUCUCCAGACCUAUGUGUAUUACAUGCACUAUUCUGAGGAUUCCUCCAUCAUGAAGUUCAUCGUUGCUGCCAUAUGGAUCCUUGAUACCUCACACCUGUUAAUCAGUGAGUGCCUGGUGCGCCCACGUGAAUGCAUGGCUAACGGGCAAUUACCAUAGCGCUCAAUCGCUGCAGAUAACCAAUUAUGGCGACCUGAUGAGCUUGGAGUAU